UCACAAGUGCUUUGAGCCGGGAGCCUAUAACUGUUGCAGUGGUUGGUGUGACAGGCUGACAGAGGCUGACAGAGGCUGACAGAGGCUGGACGACUGCUCCCCUGACGGACUGGGAUCUGCCGGCUGCAGGAGAACAACACAGAAUUCUCCGUUCUACACCAUGUUCAACACGAAGGUUCCGGCGCUUCUGCUCCUGCUGCUUGUGCUGCUGCACGCGGUGACCUCUGCCCCUCACUACAGGCACUUCACUCCCAGCUCAUCCACCGAGCAGGAAAGUGCUCUCCCGGAUGACGAGGGCUGGUUACCUCCGGGGCUAAUCACUAACCCAUUCCUGGGCAUUAUGGAGAAACGACCACAGAGGGGGGUCGGGGGGGUGAACAGCCACCGCCUUGAGAAGAGGAAGUGCAACACCGCCACCUGUGUCACCCAGAGGUUGGCAGACUUCCUGGUCCGCUCCAGUAACACCAUCGGUACAGUCUACGCGCCGACCAACGUGGGAUCCACCGCCUACGGGAAGCGGAGCACGCUGUACCCCAACUACCUGCCUCUUUAGAGCAGAAGAGCCGGUGUUCUGACGUCAUAACCAGCCGUUCAACGUUACAAAGACUCGAAAGUGGCGUAAAUGUUUAUUUUGUACUUGAUAAAUUAAACCGCCUUUAUUUAAA